ACGGAUUCUUACUCGGGCUGAUACUUGAUUGAUCUUUGUGCUCGACCGACCUCGGAGUGUCUCUGAGUUAUUCUUACUGAACUGAUUCUUGACCCUCCCAAUAUGAAUAGGCCAGGACCAGGCCCGCAGCCGCUACGAGGCAUGUCCGGAUUCCCCGCGCCGCAGCAAGCACAGGCGCGAAAUGCCACAUUGGCCUCUGCACGAUUGCCAAACGGAAAAUUGGGUGGCGCAGCGAAUUGGAACUUCAAUCUCCCCGUUAGCGGAGCCUCCACUCUACAAACCAACCAGCAACGUACCAUCGGGACUAUGGGCAGCUUUGCGCAAAGUCUUGGGGGCUCCCAGCCGGCAACGCCGUUAGACAUGUCUGAAUUCCCUAGCCUCUCAGGCGCGCCGCAGCAAUCACAGUCUCAGAACCCGGGGCAGCUUGUGUGGGCCAACGCAAGCCAACGAGCUGCACAGCACACACCCGUUCAGAGACAACAGCCUCCUCCUCCGUCGCAAACCCCAUCUCGAGCCUCUCAAACCCAGUCGCACCCUGCACAGCAACAGUCUCAACCUCCUCAUGACGAUAUGUUUCCCUCCGGGGCUCAAUUCGCCAAUCGACUAGACGAUUUCAGGAAUGGUGGACAGGGUAUCAGUAGUCAGCUAGGGGCGGGCAGUCAGCCUCAGACAGGCAACAUCGACGAGUUCCCUCCUUUGGGUCGCAAUGUUGCCGCCGAGCUAGGCCAGGACCGCCGGACCUCUCUGAUGCAGAAUGCGGGUUUUGGAAGCUACAAUUCUAGUAUCGGGACAUCGCGUUCGCCUGUUAACCAGGGACCUAAUGGUGUGUUGGGGCAGGAGAAAGAAGUAGGUAGAUCGGCGAUCCUGUUCCAGGCCCCGCACUCACCGACACCGCAGGACUUGAACAACACCCUUAUGUCGGGUCAACGCAACUUCAGCGAUCCGCAACAACAAUUGCAGCAAAGGCAGCAGCAGGCUACUGAGGGACAAGACGUUGCGGGCGGCGCCCAAAGUGCGGAGCAGCCGCCUCUCGCGCAGAUGAACGAGCUAGAUCGGUUCGGACUGGCCGGCCUCCUGCGCAUGAUUCACAGCGAGAGUCCCGACGUGGCUGGUCUCGCUGUUGGACAAGACUUGAUGACCCUUGGUUUGGACUUGAAUCAGCCCGAGCCUCUGCACACCUCGUUUGCCUCGCCAUUUGUAUCUUCCAUGUCCGCCGUACCUUUGGAACAGGACUUCUCCUUGCCGUCUUGCUACAAUGUCGCCAACAUUCAGCCCCUUCAGUCUCGAAUCCCCGGAUUCAGCGACGAGACGCUCUUCUACAUCUUCUACAGCAUGCCCCGAGACAUCAUGCAAGAGCUGGUCGCGGAGGAAUUGAUGGGUCGCAAAUGGCGGUACCACAAGCUAGAGCGCUGCUGGUUGACCCGCGAUGAGACAUAUCCGGGCCCGGUCGAUGUUGAGCGCGGCGUGAGUGAGCGUGGGGUCUAUCUUCUCUGGGACCCGGCCAGCUGGAAGAAGAUUAGGCGUGAGUUUAUUCUGCGAUAUGAGGAUUUGGACAACCGGCUCGACCCCAACCGAAGCAUGUGCCGUUCAGCUGGUCCGACACACGCUUCAUGAGUUGAUACCUAUGAAGCCGAGUUGAGGCGUGGCGGAACUGAUUUAGGUAAUCAGCAAUGGCGUUUGGCUUCAUGGUUUCUGUAACUUGUUCCGAGGGUGGCCGAUAGUACAGUGCAGUUCGGGAUCUGGGCGCGUUGAUUUAUCGGAGAAUCUGAAUGGGUUAUGUGGGGAACCAAGAUAUGAUCUUACAAUCAAAUGGCC